GACUUGUACCUAACUUGGUAUUCAUAGCUCUUCACCAUAGAUCUGCAGCUCGAUCUCCUUAAUUCCUCAAACCCUAGCUCUAAUUCCUAGCUGAAUCUCCCAUGGCUGCCACCGAAGAUCCAGUUGUUCCGAUUGAGGAUGAGGCGGAGCAGCCAGCCGUCGAGGAUGCUGCCAUUUCCAAGGAGGAAAAUCCGCCGCCGAAAUCCAGCAAGGCGAGGAAGGCUGCCGCUCCAAAGGAGAAGAAGGUUCCGGCGCCGAGGAAGCGCAAAGAGCCCUCCCACCCUCCCUACUUCGAUAUGAUUAAGGAGGCGAUCGUGGCGUUGAAGGAGAGGACUGGAUCUAGCCAGUACGCGAUUCAGAAGUUCAUCGAGGAGAAGCAGAAUUCUCUGCCGUUGAAUUUCAGGAAGAUUUUGCUUAUUCAGCUGAGGAAGCUCGUCGAGAAUGAGAAGCUCGUGAAGGUGAAGAAUUCGUACAAAUUGCCGUCGGCUCGCGCUUCCAGAACCGCCGCCGCCACCGCGGCGCCUGCUAAGAAGAAGGCUGCUUCUUCUGCAAAGCCGAAGGCUGCUACUGCUGCUGCGAAGGGGAAGAAGACUGCGGCGAAACCUAAGCCGAAGCCUAAAGCUGCUCCUGCGAAAACGAAAACGGCACCUGUAGCGAAGGCCAAGCCAGCAGCCAAGGCCAAGCCGGCUGCCAAGGCCAAGCCUGCGGCGAAGCCAAAAGCUGCAGCUCCGGCUAAGGCGAAGGCGGCGCCGAAGAGGAAGGCGCCGGAGAGGUCUAAGGCUGAAAAGAAACCGCCGGCUAAAGCGUCCAGAACUUCCACCAGAUCUACUCCGAGGAAGGCGGCUGCGGCUGCUGCUAAGAAAGCUCCGCCGGCGAAGAAGGCGGCUCCGGUGAAGAAGGCGCCGGCUAAGAAGAAAGCAGCGGCAGCAAAGAAGGGGAGGAAGUAGAAGAUCAGGAGAGGGGUAGUUUCGGUAAAGAAAAGGUGUUUGUUUGUAGGGAUAGUAUUGUAAAUUGACGUUGGUCCUUUCGCUUAUUGAACGGAUUCUUUAUCUUUU